AUUUAAAAAAUAGGAUCAAGAUGAUAGUUCCUAUAAUAUACAUAGACCACGCACCUCGCAGGCCCACUCCUCUCACUCCCAGCCACCGCUGUACAGCCCACCACCCACUUGCGAAUAUGCAGUCUCUGCCAGAGAAGGCCUCUCAGUGGAGCGGAGUUGACCGAGCCGAGGCAUUUGCCAUUGAUACUACCAACUUGUUUCAGAAACUCGGCCUCCAGACCUUCAUCAACCUCUCCACCAAUUUCUACAACAGGGUAUAUGAUGACGAGGAAGAGUGGUUUAGGUCGAUUUUUGCAAACUCGAAUAAAGAAGAAGCGAUCCAAAAUCAUUACGAGUUCUUUUCGCAGAGAAUGGGAGGACCUCCUCUUUAUUCUAAGAGGAAAGGCCAUCCUGGACUAAUUGGACGCCACAGGCCAUUUCCUGUGACGCACCAAGCUGCAGAGAGGUGGUUGCUUCACAUGCAGAAGGCAUUGGACAGCACCCCUGAUAUUGAUGAAGACUCAAACAUCAAAAUGAUGAAUUUUUUCAAGCAUACUGCAUUCUUUCUAGUGGCUGGUGAUGAGUUGAAGAAUCAAAACCAGCAAAUUCCAUGUAAGCAUGCAGCCAACAAACCAACUUAAUUGUAAGCUUAUUAAAAACGAAUCUUCAUUUGUUAGUGGCAACGCCUGUUAAAGACUAUGGUGGUAUUGAAACUAAAUUUUAUCAUUACUUAAUUAGCUUUAACAAUGCAUGAACUGGGCAUGUCAUUUUAUUUC